AUUGCUCUCAACUCUCUCCCCUCCUCUCUUUUUCUCUUCUUUCUAUCAAUCUUUCUCUCUGUUUCAAAUUAUUUUUCUAUGGAGUUCAUGAAUGGUUGCCUAAGCAUACUGAUGCACUUGGUGAUACUAGUGUUCUUAGUUUUCUACUUGCCAAUAUCCUACUUGUGGAGGUUGGUGCUCUUUGUUUUUGUCAAGCCUUUUACUAUGGAGGACAUGAAAGACAAGGUGGUUCUCAUCACCGGUGCUUCUUCUGGCAUUGGAGAGCAACUGGCAUAUCAAUAUGCUAAGCGACAAGCUUCACUAGUAAUUGUUGCAAGGAGGGAGAAUGCUCUCAAAGAAGUAGCAAAGAAUGCCAGAGAGAUGGGCUCUCCGGAUGUGCUUGUUAUUGCUGCCGAUGUCUCAGACUCCUGCGAGUCGAAACGAGUUAUCGAUGAAACUAUUUCGCACUUUGGAAAAUUGAAUCAUCUUGUUGCUAAUGCUGGCAUCUGGUCUUGUUGCUUGUUUGAAGAAAUCACCAACAUUUCAGCUUUCACUCAGCUCAUGGAUGUGAAUUUUUGGGGUUCUGUAUAUCCAACAUACUAUGCAAUUCCACACCUAAAGAAUAGCAAUGGAAACAUUAUUGUGACUGCUUCCAUUGCCGGCCAAGUUCCUACGGCUAGAAUGAGCUUCUAUAAUGCUAGCAAGGCUGCAUUAAUUCGGUUCUAUGAGACAAUUCGGUCAGAAUUAGGUUCGAAAGUUCGCGUCACAAUAGUAUGUCCUGGCUAUGUCGCAUCGGAGCUAACCAAAGGCAAGGUUCUCAAGCAAGGAGGUGAAGUCGGGAUCGAUGAACAAGUUCGAGACGUACAAGUUGGCCCAUUUCCAGUUGGAUAUGCUGAUAAGUGUGCAGAGGUCAUUGUGGAUAGUGCAUGCAGAGGAGAUGAGUAUGUGACAUGGCCAUCUUGGUACAGACCUUUCAACAUGAUAAUGUGUGUGGCUCCUGAAGUCAUCAACUGGUUCUCUCAAUGCUUUUAUGGCACAACACCAGGCACAGAUCUCAACCACACUCUCAGCAAGAGAAUUCUUGAAUCAUCUGGUGCCAAGAAGUUCUUGUAUCCAUCUUCCAUUAGAUCUUCCAAUUCUAAGGACUGAAUCUAAUUAUAAGCAGUAAUAUUUUAGUUCUUGGAAGCACUGAAUUAAUGAUUUAAGUUUAUAAAUAAGUGUAUAUGUUCUAUAUUUAUAUAUAUGGUUCAUAUAUGAACUAUAUAUAUAUAUGUCAUUGAAAUUUGUUUGAGAUUCAAUAAAUAAAAUGCUCAAUGGUUUGUUUUGCA